CUACUUCUCAGUACAUCCACAAUAUCACAUUGUCUCUUCUCUUAUCGGGUUAUCCCUAUCACACUACACAACACAUCAUGGCUUUCUCCACUAGAAGCUCCCUCUUCUUCUUCUUUACAACACUUGUUCUUCUCUCCACUCAAAUCAAUGCAAGAGAUAGCUACUUCUUUGACAAAUUCCACCGAGAAUCCCCCAAAGGCCAAAACGCUAACAAUGUCCUCCCUCUCAAGACCAUCCAGAAAACCACUGUAGAAGAAUCCUUCCCCAACAAGAAAGACCAAGAACAAGAUCCUACCUUUGUCCCCGAGUCUGAAAACGGCUAUGGCUUAUAUGGUCACGAGACCACCUACAACAACAACAACAAGUACGAUGAAAAGUUCAACGGUGAGACUUUCUCAACUCCAAGCCUGAGCGAGACCGAAGAGUCUUACAACAACUACGACGAGAAGUACCCCAAGAAGACGGAGAGCUACGAUAACAACGAAGAGUUCAACAAAAAGUAUGAUGAACACGUUAAGGAAGAGUCUUUCUCUGAGAACAAUGAAGACAAGAGAAGCUUCUACAACUCAAACGCUUACGGAACGGAGUUAGAACGUGAAACGCCGUACAAAGAUUACAGCCACAAUAUGGAGAGACAAGGCAUGAGUGACACAAGAUUCAUGGAGAAAGGUAACUACUACUACGACCUUUACAACGAUAGAAACCACGGUCAUUUCUACCGUAAGCCUCAUCAGAAAAGCCAUGCCGGCUAUUAUUCUUCUCCGGCGACCGAGAAUAACUACGACCAGUCUUACAGCAACUACAACAACGAGGAGGAGAAUAGCUUCAAGGAUCCGUACAACUCUAAAUGGGAGAAGAACAUGAUGAACGAACAGCCUGAGGAGUUCGCUGAGGAGCAAGGAGACCAGUUCAAGCCUUGAUGAAUAGUACACUCUUAAAAGUAUUUUCUUUUAUUUCAACUAAGUUAUGUUACUUAUGGUUGAUUAGUCAAACAAAAUCAGUACAUUACAACAAAUUAAAAGAGAAAUGGGUUUUUGUGUGUUUUCAGUUGAAAUGUGUUUGCUUUUGCAUAUUAUAUUCGGAGACAAGUGAUUAAAGGGAGAUUAUAUACUAUUAUGGUGCUACUUAUUUUCUUAUGUUAAAUUAAUCACUUUUUGGUUGUU